AUGGCUCAUCGUUUAAAUCAACUGCGAACAUCAACUUUGACAACUCAUGAUCAAUUCACGUCCCUAUCAUCUACUGUUACAUCAUCUCCACGUACACCAGGAAAAAAACUAACUAAAGGUGAUCCUAUUGUUACUGGCAUUCGAUUACGUCCAUUUCUCGAACGAGAAUCUGCUAUUGAUGAGACAUCAGCUGUACAAAUCUUUGAAAAUAAUGUUAUUUGUACACAAAAUAGUCGACCACAAAUAUUUAAAUUUACACAUUGUUUCGAUGCUUCUGCGAAAAAUAAAAAUGUUUAUGAUGGAAUGAUUCGAUCAGCUGUUCUUGCUUCUUUACAAGGAUACAAUACAACUGUUUUAGCCUAUGGUCAAACAGCAUCAGGCAAAUCACAUUCAAUAUUUGGUUCGUCAUGUGAAGAAGGCAUAUUAUCAUUAAGUAUUCAUGAUUUAAUAACAAUGAAUGGAAAUAAUCAUUUAAAAUUUGAAUUAAGUUUUCUUGAAAUUUAUAAUGAAAAAGUAACAGAUUUACUUGCAAUACCAACAACAUCAAAUGAACAUUUAAAUCAAAAAUCAUCAACUAAAUCUUCAACAACAUUAUCAUUUUCUAAACAUGCACGUACACAUAUUUUAAAUAAACUUGUACCAAGUUCAAAUACAACAAAUAAUUCAACACGUACACUUGAAAUUCGUGAACAUCCAUUACUUGGUCCAUAUGUUCCUGAUUUAAAAUAUAUUCAAGUUAAAAGUAAAGAAGAUUUUCAAAAUGUUUUAAAUUUGGGUAAUCAACAACGUUCAGUUGCAUCAACAAAUGCUAAUCAACGAUCAUCAAGAUCACAUGCUAUAUUUACUGUUAAAAUAAGUCGUAUUGAUUUACCACAAUCAACAAAUAUGCGUUUAUCAUUUGGAUUAAAUACAGCUCAUUCUUUAUCAAAUAUUGGUAAACAUGCAACAUUAUCUAGUUCAUCAAAAAAAAGUGCAAAACAACAAGCACAAGAUGAAUUAGAUGCACAAGCUGUACGAUUAAAUUUUGUUGAUUUAGCUGGAAGUGAAAAAUCACAACAAUUUAAUGGAACUCAAGGAAAAAAUGAUCGAUUUGCGGAAAGUAUUCAUAUUAAUCAAUCAUUAUCUACACUUCGUAAUGUAAUUGAUGCAUUAUCUCGUCAACAAAAUCAUAUUCCUUAUCGUGAUUCAAACUUAACUUAUCUAUUAAAAAAUAGUCUUGGUGGUGAUGCAAAAACAUUUAUGUUAGCAACAAUUAGUCCAUCAUCUACGGUUAUUGAUGAAACUAUCAAUACAUUACGUUAUGCUGGUCUUGCUUCAACAAUUACAAAUGUACCUCGAAUAAAAACUCCACAUUUACGCCAUGAAAUUGAUGAAUUACGUGAAGAAAAUGCACGUCUUAAACAAGAAUUAUUUCUUGUUAAAUCUAAAUCAAUGCCAUCAAUACAUCCAACAAUAAAUAAAAUAUCUUUACCACGUAUUGAUGAAUGUAUACAAACAAGUUUUCUACUUGAAGCAUCAACAUCACAAGAAGAAUUAAUUAAUGAUGAAAAACUUGAUACAGUUGAUGAAGAAAUUUUAGCUCAAAUUGAAAAUCAAUGUCGUCGACCGAAAAGAAAACGAUUAUCUGAACAACCACUUCAUGAAAUUGCAAAAGUACGUCAAAUUGAUGAUACAAUGCUUCAUCGACGAUUAGGAACAAUUCUUAGUUAUGUUACCGAUGAUUUUUCAAUAAUCAAUGACAAUGGUAUUCUUGUUAUUUCAAAUGAAUUGAAUAUAAAUGUUAAAAUGAAUUCAUCAUCAUGGACGAAUGCAUUAGAAAGAUUUGAUCGAGAUGUUGAUAUUAAUUCAAUGACAAAAAAAGAGAUUGUUGAUUCACUCAAUGUUCUAUUUGAUAAUCAAGAAUGA